UUCAUGUCUCAUGUUGUUGGGGGAGGGGGGGAGAUUUCAUUGCGUCAUUUCACAAAAAUGAAAUUCCAAGAAUUUCUGGGGUUUGAACGUUAGUUUACUAUUUUCGUUGAGGCUAGAACGGAAUAUCUUGAAAUAAGUCAUGAAAUAAGUUGAGGGGAAAGACUUUAUUUUUGCGGAAAACAGAAGUUUAGGGGUUUAAAGGUGUUUUUUUUAAUUUAAACGGUGAUGACGAUAACUAGGUUAUGUUUACGAGAGUGAGAUGUACGUGAUGGAGAGUUGACGGGAGUUUGGGGGAUUGAAAGUGAUUUUGGGGCUGAGGGUGAUUACCGGGGGAUGAAGAUGAAGUGUAAUGAGAAGGAAUUGAUGGAUGCGAGCCGAGGGCUGUCGCAGAUGGAGGGCAGGUUGCAGCACAAAAGGGCGCAUAAAUCGGUCUUCAAAGAGCGUUGGUUCAAGCUCCGCAGCAACCUUCUCUUCUACUUCAAUAUAACCGACCUGGGUCAGAUAGACGACAAGCAGCCAGCAGGAAUAAUAAUCCUCGAGAACUGCAAGAUAAAUUCAGACGUGAUAUCUGAGGGUGCCUUCGCCUUCAGCAUUGUGUUUCGUGAUGAACACGACAAAAGGCACAUUUUCACAGCGAGAACAGAGGACCAGGUGAACCAGUGGGUAACAGCCCUGCGCCAGGCCAGCUACGAGUACUGGAGAUCACGACUGAUAACCCUUCAGGAGAGAUUGUCCAGCAGAACUGGCACUGAUCCCCUCCUCAUGUAUCCUAGGAAUCAUGGGAUUGUGAGGGACGAAGCAUGGAGUCAAACCUCCAAUUUCCGGUCUCACAUUCGCGCAUUCACCAGCACAGCCCCCACCAUCCCCAGCAUUGUGACAAAGGAAACUAAAAAUCUCAUAGAAUUAUUGUAGUAACCAUCAAGUAUUUUUCAACGUAAAUAUAUUUAUUUUUCUUGGAAA